GUCAGCAACGGGAAGGUUGUAGAAAAUGACGAAAAGCAGAGAGGUCAUUCCCAGUGAAGUGCCAGGCCCUUCAUCCCAGAGCCACGUGCAUGAACAUGGAGCUGCACUGAAAGCGGGAGGACGGGCCGACCACUGACACACACUAACACACAGCACAUCGUGGAAAACGCUACAUGGAUGGGGAGGAUCUGCCAGCGUGAGCUCCCUGGGCUGGAGGCGUGACCUCGAUCGCUGUGGACGGCCUCUUUAGAGGAAGCGUCUCCCUUGCCUUCAGUCGCAGAGUGACCACCGCGUGUCCGUCAUCCCUCGUCCAUCCAUCCAUCCAUUACCUUCGUCUACCAUUCAUCCAUCAUCCCUCCGUCUUCAGGGACGUGAUGGCCUUGCAGGAUGUCUGCAGACUCCUGGACGACCCCGUCCACCAGAGGUGGAGCUCACCUGCUCGGGGACACUGGUGCUCCUCCGAGGACUUCCUCGUUGGCCGUGUCGGGUUUGGAGGCAUCGCUUGGGCGAGGAGAAGAGAGGGGCCUUUGCUCGAGCUCUACAUCCCCCUUGCGGAGUACCUGAGCCGGUGCCCCCUGAGGUUUGGACAGGUGGCGCCGGAUCCUGAGGAGCGCCACGGCCCGCGCUUCCUGUCUCCCGGCCUGCUGUCGCCCUCCUGCCCGCCCUCGUCGCUGCCCCUCCCCCCGCCCUGCUCCGCCUCCUCCUCGGUCCCGCUGCCCUUCCCGCAUUCGCACGGCACCACCACCCUGGCGUUUGCAUUCCAGGGCGGCGCCGUGGCCGCGGCCGACACCCGCUCCAGCUGCGGGGGGCUCGUGGCUUGCCCCGCCUCCGACAAGGUGCUGCCCGUGCACUCGCACCUGGUGGGCACCACGUCGGGCACGUCGGCCGACUGCGCGCUCUGGAAGCGCAUCCUGGCACGGGAGUGCCGUCUGUACCAGCUGCGCAACCGGCGGCGCCUCAGCGUAGGGGGCGCCGCCAAGCUGCUCUCCAACAUGCUGCACCCGUUCAAGGGCACGGAGCUGUGCGUGGCGGCGACGCUGUGCGGCUGGGACGGCGGAGGGGGCGAAGAGCAGGAGGACCGGCAAGCGUUCGGGGACCCGACUCCAAUAGGGAGAGGCGGAGGGGCGCCGGACAGGGAGCGGGAGGCCCGUGCGACCACCGAACGGAGGAACGGCGCAUCGGACCCCGCAGCGGAGCGACGCUCGACACCUGGCACCGGUGCCGCCGCGCCCUGGGGCCCUCGCCUGUGCUACGUGUGCAGCGACGGAACCCUCCUGAAGGGGGAGCUCUUCUCCGUGGGCUCGGGCUCUCCGUACGCCUACGCCGUGCUGGACGGGGGGCUGCGCUGGGACCUGAGCGUGGCCGAGGCGUGCUUACUGGCACGGGAGGCCGUGUUCCGAGCCACGCACCGCGACGCCUACUCGGGCAACUGCGUGGACGUGUUCCACGUGACGUGGCGCGGCUGGCGGCGCCGGGAGAGGGAGGACCUCAAGGAGGAGUACUACAGGGAGUGGGAGGAGCGCCGCCGGCAGGAGGGAGUCACCGGGACGCAGACGGACCGCUGCUCUUGUACCUCCUCUAGUAGCCAGCCAUUUUAAUAAAACCUCCAGACAAAUAUUUCAAAUACACAUAGAACGUGUCAUUACCAGCUACAUUAGCGUCUAUAUCCAGUAUCGCUUUAGUGUCACUGUCAUCAUUAUGAUCUUUUGUAUAAUUGCUGCACGUUUGUUACAUUUUACAGGUCCUUUACUGGGGAAAUGAACGCUUACUGAAAAAAGGGGCGGCUAUGGUUGUUAGCAAGAGAGAUGUUUACUUCACCAAGACACGGCGCUGUCGGAUUAGACUUGGGGGAGGGUGGGUACCGGGUUGGCUUUCCAACAGACUGUAACGGAGAUGACUGUGAUGACUCCGGAUGGUGUCUUUCCCUCAGAAUCCGCAGAACUGGGUGUAGUGCUGGGAUUGGGAUUGGGAUUCCUACUCCUCCACAAGUUGUGUUUCACUUGCCGAAUCGUUCCCAUGUAUCUCCUCUACUCGUUUCUCU